GUCUACGAAGAAGACGAACUUAAAUUGAAUGGCGUUCACCAUGUUCAUCUAUGGAUUUGGCUACAAAUGUCGUCGGUGUAUCCGCAUUGGCUGUGUGAACGGCUAGCGCAUGCUAGCGACUACUCUCUACAAGGAACCAUGGUACUGCUCUCACAGAUGGGCUCUGUGGACAACGACACAAGAUAGAGUCCGCUUACAUCACAGCGUUUACACAAGGGAUCUUGAUUGACCGUUUCGCUCAAUACGAUGCAGUCGGUGAAGAUGCAGCGAGCACGAAAUGCAGCUGCAGCGGUGGCAGCCAGAGUCUGGAGCGGGAGUUCGCCACUUACCAAGAGUCACGAUCUGCACGACGACGCCUUGAGGAGUGGUGUUUUGAACGUAACAUCCCACGAAGCUGCUGUCCUUCCCAAGAAUCACGGCGACGCGGCAGCCGAGAGCAUGGGCCAAGACAGCGCGUUUCUUGUAUCCAGCCCGAACACCAGAGUUGCAGACGAGUCUGAGACCAGCGAGGUCAUGAUCGAUUUUCUCAAUGAGCUCCCGCCUGAGCUUGCAUUCAGCGUAUUGCUGCACCUCAAAAGUCCAUCAGAAAUUCUCAAUGUCUCCCUGGUGUGCAAAUCCUGGUACGUCAUGGCUACAGACAACAUCAUCUGGAAGGCUGCAUUCGAGGCCCAAGAGUCGUGGACGCUCCGCUCCGAUGCCAAUGAGCUCCUGGAGAAACGAGCCCUAGAUCCAAGCUCUAAGCCGUUCCCAUAUUACAUGGACGAGACCAGCAGGGGGCGCCGAGCCGGUUGGGCGGCGCGACCGAGCUUGCAAGCUUGGAGAACCGAUGACGCAAGCAGCGACUCUGAUAGGUUACUUGGCGACCACGAGCCCGCAAGCGAGUACACAGUAUUCCUGGAUGGUCUGGGCGACGACUCAGCAGAUGUGACUUACGAUUACUUUGUGCGAAACGAGCGCUACGACACUUCCAACCCGUCGACUCCAGCUGGGGUGCGACGCGCUGCUCAGCGCGGGUUGGCUACUCCUUCCACAGUAGCUCUGACGUCCUCGCCAGUACGAAUACCUGCUGCUCGAAAACAGCAUCUCGCCCGGCUCGACUGGCGAAAGCUGUAUGCCGCACGCUUAGUCCUUGACCAGAGGUGGCAAGGCAAAAGUCCGUCAAAUGACGGUAAACCAUUUUUACCUCCUUACACCUACCUCAUCGGGCAUGAAGAUGCCAUCUACUGCGUCGCAAAUGACGAAGCGGAAGACAGCGGCACCAACGGCCGCAUCGUGACGGGCUCGCGCGAUCACACCAUCAAAAUUUGGAGUUGUGACACAAAAUCGUGCAUUCGGACAUGGAGAGGCCACAGCGGCAGUGUGCUUUGCAUACGCUUGGAGAAUGAUCGACUCUAUACUGGGAGCUCCGACGGCCUGAUGAUUGUAUGGGACUACUCACAGCUAGUCGCCCCACUGUCUGACGACCGGGACCCUCAAAUCGCUGAGACAAAGGAUCUUCCCAUUGUCUCACGAGUGAGCCAUCCUUGGAGUGUGCUUGACAUCGACUUCAACGAGAAGCAUCUCAUCACAUGCUGUCGGGAUGGGUGCGUGCGAGUCUGGAACAAGAAAGAUUUCAGCUGCAUUUUAUGCUACAGUCCCCACUGCAGCCCGGUGAACUCUGGGCGACUCUGUGGAGAUCGGAUCGUGACAAUCGCAGGCAACAAUAGCGUGCAUCUAUGGGACGUCACGACCGGGGACACAAUACGCGCCUUCCAGACCGAGCAUGGCCCAGCUUGUGUCCUCUUUGUCGAGGGUCUCAUCAUCGUCGGUACAAAAGAUCCACUGAUGUACGCUUGGGACGUCGAGACGGGGGAGCUGCAGCAUUCUUGGCAAGGGCAUGAAGAGCUCGUCAGGGCUCUCGCAUAUGACUCCCGUCGCAAGCUCAUCGCCAGCGCCGGCUACGACGGACGCGUCAAGCUGUGGCGAAGCGACUCAGAGCAGCCUGUGCUCACACUGCAGCGGCAUCAAGAUCAGGUACUCGACGUUGCUCUCGGCGUCUCGAGGAUCAUCACAGUGGGCAAGGAACGCAGCGUCUGCGUGCGCAACUUUGGACACGGGCUAGAUACCACACUCUUUGCAUAGCAUCAACACUGGCACCACUAUGGACUGUAUCCUACUAAGAUCUAUCGCGUAUCAGAUCAUGGCGUGAUCCCAGUGGAGCUGUUGUUACAGUAUGAUACAUACUCUCCAGGCUGCUUAUUAAGCCUCAAUCGGCUUGGCCGACAUGUAGCCAGUUAUUCUAACUCAAAGCGCCGGGCAGGUUGGAAGGCGGUCAUCCUGUCGAA